AUGGCCUACCUUCUCCCAAGCUUCAAAGCCGUGAGCAUCAUCUUCUCCUUCGCAGCUGUAGGCACAGGUCUCCAAGCACUCAUCGACCCUCAUGGCUUCUCCAAAUCCUUUGGUCUACCUAUCGUCUCCUCAAGCGCAUCACAACUCAAGCCGAGCAAGAAUGGUACGCCCUCAUCCAUCACGAACUUUGCGGACUCGUACAUUUGCCUCAUGGGAGUCCGCCAGCUCGGGACGGGUAUUUUACUCAUGAUCUUCAACUACCAACACAAAUACAUCGAAGCGGCGACCGUGCUUGCCGUCAUUGGGGUUCUCGUCGCCGGGACCGACGGGCUGUUCCUGGCUCGUGCUGGAGACAGAAAGGGCGGAUUGUUCCACGCCGGGCCUGGACUUGCGAUUGCUGCGCUGGCGGGUGCUGUUCUGUACCAUCACGCGUGA